AUGAACAGUUCGGAUACCUUCAAACCUGGGACGGAUAUUCUUUCCAUUGAGGACCCGGAUCUGGAGUUUUCGCAUCCGUCCCACAGGAAACUACAUGAACCGUUUCGUUCUGAAAGCACCAGCGAUAGCAGUUUUGUGCUUGAAGAGUCGACUGAGGCAGAUGAAUAUGAAUUGCAGGAUUAUAAUGCCCAUUCACAAAGAUUCAGUGUGGAUGAAGAAAUCGGCUCAAAAGAUGACUAUGGUGAUGAGACAAAAGUGUAUGAAUUUGAAGGUCAUCUGGUUGUGGAGAACUCCAAGAAUAUUCUGACCUCAAGAAAGCUGAAGUUUCAGGUUAUGACCAUAUAUGCCUCGUUUAUGAUAUUUGGAAUGAGUGAUCAGACUCUGGGAACUAUAAUGCAGCAAUUGCUAGACACUUACCACAUAGACAGAUCCCAGGCCUCUCUGCUGUUUAUCUCACAAGUUGUUGGAUACUUUGUGGCCUCGAUGUUCAAUGGUUUCACGCAUAGUAACUUCGGAUUUUUUGGUGCUUAUGUUUGUGCACAAACCUUCCAAAUUCUGUGCUUUUUGAUCUACUUCAUGCGCCCUCCGUUUGCCGUACUGAUUGCAGCAUCCGUGAUGAACGGAUAUGGUGUUGGGACGUACGACUCAGCAUGUUCAUUGUGGGUUUCACAGCUAAAAUACAGUAACGAAAUAAUGGGUCUAAUGCAUGCUUUCUUCGGACUGGGCAGCAUGAUAUCUCCUUUCGCGAUCACGAAGAUGUUGCAUUGGGGGCUGUCAUGGAACGUUUAUUAUUUGGUGCUGGCCUUGGGUGAUACUGGAACAUUGAUCUCGUGCAUUUUGGUUUUCAGAGACGAGACCAAAUGGAAAUUUAGACGUCGUCUUGCGGAAUCUUCUUCGGAUCCACAGGGAACCACUUGGGAUGCCAUUAAAACACCCCAAAUCUGGUUCUACGCAACGACGCUUUUCAUCUACUGUGGUGGUGAGCUGACUGUUGGUGUUUGGAUGUACAACUACUAUACCACCAUUUUGCACCUCUCCGAUAGCUACAGCUCGUAUAUUACUUCGGGCUACUGGACGGCUCUCACGGCAGGCAGAGCUAUUCUGGCAUUUGUAACCGGAAGGUAUUUUGAUGGAAGAGAGCAUAUUGCAACGCUGAUCUAUGCUGGACUAGGAGCAAUCACCUGCACUCUAUAUGCUGUUCUCCCCAACUUUCCGUUGCGGAUAGCAUCGAUGUUGGCGUUUGGCUUUUUUGUGGGUCCAGCUUUUGGAACCACCGUCAUGGUUGCCAUGAGAUUUCUGCCUCCAUCCCUGCAAUCUAGUGGGCUUGGUUUCAUCGCUGGUCUCGGUGGAAUGGGAGGUACCGUCAUGCCAUACAUUGUUGGUUAUGUCAGCGAGCAUACUGCUGGUGGAAAUGGUCAGGGACUCGUAUAUUUCCCGGGAUUGUGUGCGAUAUCGUUUGUUUUUGCAUUCCUGCUAUGGAUCGGAUUUAACAUCCAAAAACGAGGAAAAUCUGGUGUUGCUUACGAGAGGUUGUAG